UAUAGUYCGCGAACCGUGCAUUUUAUGUCAGUUGGGAAAAUCUUGUGUCUUUGCUAACUUGUGGAUCUUGUUUACGAAUUAAUUGAAUAGAAAACUAUCUUUAARGAAAGACUGUACUGAUAAAAAUCAUGCCAAAUCCAAACAUUUCUACUCAAGAUUGGUAUUACCAUGCUCCGUCUAAAAAUCCUACUACAUAUGAAAUGGAGGAGCCACCUCCACCAUCUCAAAUACCAGGACUGAGCAAUGUCAUUGAACAGCCUGAUGAAAUGGAAGAGAGGAGAUUUAGAAGAAAGUGGAUCCGAGAUACAGAUUCAAAGUACAUUCAGCUUGCCAAAGGAGGUGGAAGAAAGAAUCUUCUUAACUACAAGGAUCCUCCAAAGGAAACACAUUUGGCUGUUGGUUAUCCACGUGUAGAUUGGUUUGACCACUACAACCCAGAAUAUGAUCUUCCUGAACCUCAACCUGAACCAAUACGUAAUUCCAAAAAAAUGCAGCUUAGAACUCAACCCCACAGAGUGUUACCUGAAUGGUAUGUCCAUGACUUGCAUGAAGAAAAAGAAAGUAGAGAUGAAAACUUUGGUACAACAAACAACAARUCAAAGAAAAACGUCAUUUCAUUUGAUAACAUGUCAGCCUGGGAAAGGGAAGCCAAAGAUGAAGAAAUGGCAAGAAAUGAAAAUGCUGUGAAAUUACCUCAGCUACACCCUAAGAAACAAACCAAGAAUAAACAUUCUAAAGAUCUUCAAGCAUUUCCUAAAAGAAUGGUUAGACAGUCAAAUGAGCCAAGUGAACCAGUGGAUUUCAGGCACUUACUGUCAAUGGGAUAUCAAAAGGAUUGGUUUCAAGACCAAAACAGAAAACACACUGAAGAAAGACAGAAAAAACAAAUGGAAAGAAUGAAGCAAGUUGAAAAAAGGGAAACACAGAUAAGAGAUACCAUUGAAAUGAGAAGACCAAAAUAUAAUGCCACACAGGAUGAGGACAGACAUAUGUUCAAGCUAUCCAGAUUUCAGAAUGUUCAGCCACGAGUGGAAAGCUUUCGUACUUAGAUGAUAGCAUCGUGAUUAGAUUAAAAAUGGUAUAUUUAUAUUGCAUUGAAUUGUAAAAAGUAUGAAGUAGUGAAAAUAUAUUAUCUCAAAUUUUAUAUUAUAAUACAAUGCGAAAUUUCUUGCCAGGUUUUAAAGCUCAUGUAAAUAGUUUUUUUGACUUUUUUGUUUCUUGAUUCAGAAUUUGAUUUUAAAAAUAAAGAUAAAAAUCUUAUAGAGUGAAAAAAAUGUAGUUUUGUAAUGAUUGUGCCCUCCGGUUUAAGUGGCUAACCCUCUUCUCUCGUAGUAUGUUUCCCCAACCUUGAUAAUAUCAAAAUAUUGUUCAUAUUUGU